AUGAAUAUGAAGAAAAGCCUUGCUUUAACAAAUAUGACUUUUUUUCGUCCAGCACAGUUUUAUAUUAAUGGGUUUUAUGAUUUUCCAUAUGGCACUUAUUUUUAUAUUUUUAUGUGUUUUGUUUAUAUAGUGACUGUCUUUGGAAAUGUGGUUCUUCUCUUGAUUAUUUUGCUGGUCAGAACUCUCCAUACGCCCAAAUACAUGAUUGUGUUUAACCUGGCUGUGACAGACCUGUGCGGUAGCACUGCUCUUAUUCCCAAACUCUUGGACACCUUUCUGUUUGAAAACAGAUUCCUCUCCUAUGAGGCGUGUCUUAGUUACAUGUUUUUUGUGUUGUUUUUUGGCAGUGUUCAGUCCUGGACACUUGUAACAAUGUCUUUUGACAGGUUUAUUGCUAUUUGCUUCCCUUUACACUACCACAGUGUUGUGUCUAAACGAGUUAUUGCAGCAUUACUCACUUUUGUUUGGCUUUUAGCUCUUGGAGUAAUAGCACCUCUGGCUGGCCUUAUUGAUCGUCUGUCCUUUUGUAAAACUGUGGUUCUUCAGAGUUUUUACUGUGACAAUGGCCCUGUGUAUCGUAUUGCAUGUAACAGCUAUUUCAUAAACAACCAAGUUGGCAUUUUUAGUUCUGUUAUAAUGCUUUUGGUUCCUUUGGCUCUUGUAGGUUGUAGUUAUGUCUGUAUUACAUUUGCACUAAAGAGGAUUGCCUCUGGAGGAGAGCGUCUUAAAUCUUUUAAAACCUGUACAUCUCACUUAAUACUUGUGGCUAUAUUUUUUAUUCCAGUCAUUACCACAAAUAUAGCGGUACAUUUCCCAAACUUUCACCCAAAUACAAGGAUGAUCAACUCAGCUUUGACUCACACAGUGCCAGCCCUGUUAAACCCUUUUAUUUACUCUCUCAAGACGGAGGAGAUACUCACUGCCAUUAAAAGGAUCUGGAGGAGAAGCAGACCACGGCACAAAGAGACAUUAAUGUGA